GUUUGGGGAUUGAAGAGCUGUGUGGUUCCCGGUUCUCAAAUAGAAAAGUGCUCUGCAGGUUGUUUGAUGUGGCCUCCAGUCGGGCCCACAACUUCCUCCUGCUGGGUGUGCGUCCAUGGAGACAGCCAGUUGCGCCGGACUGCGCUGGGAAGGGACGGCAGAGCGUGAGAGCGGCUGGUCGGAAAGGUUUGGGCUCAGCAGGAGGCUGGCUGGAGCUCUCCUCUGCUCCCCACGUUCGUCUGUUUUGCCUCUCUGGUCAGCGGGACUUGCUUGACCUACGGGGGAUGAGCUCCUGCGGCUUAGCUCUGGCACCUCCAGCCAAGAAUGUGGUGGUGUAUCGCAAUGGUGACCCUUUCUUCCCCGGGAGGAAGUUUGUAGUGAACCAGCGGCGGUUUCUGACCUUUGAGGCAUUUCUGAAUGAGGUGACCAAGAGCAUUCACGCGCCCUUAGCUGUGAGGAACAUCUACACACCCAGGCACGGCCACCGCAUCGCUGAGCUGGGGGACCUGCAGGACGGAUGCCAGUACGUGGCUGCAGGCUUUGAAAAGUUCAAAAAGCUUGACUAUUUAAAUCACGGAAGGAAGGAGGUCCGUGGGACAAGGAACAGCGAGGGUCUGCAGUUCUGCACUGUAGCUCCCUGGAAGUCGAACGUCUUGGCGCGAUGGCAGAAGCACGCCCGUUUGCCCUGCAUGAUACAUGUUUUCCGGAAUGGGGAUUUGUUGAGCCCUCCUUUCCCACUGCCGCUCUCCAAGAGCACCUCACUGCAGUGGGAUGCGCUCCUGGCCACAUUGACAGAGAAAGUUGACCUGCGCAGUGGAGCUGUUAAAAAGCUCUGCAGGCUGGACGGAACUCAGGUGUCCAGUGGGGAGGGGCUGGUGAAUGGCGAUUACUAUGUGGCAGUGGGAAAUGAGGAGUACAAAAAACUGCCUUACUUUGAGCUGCUGGUGCCCCAGGAUUCUGCACGCAGGAUGUUGUGGAACCACCCAAAAAGCAGGCGCAAAAAAUACCACAGAAGGUUUGGUGAACUCUGUGCCACCUCCCAGGACAGAGCUGGCGACUCUGCUCUUGCUGAACCACCUCAACAGCUGGACAGUCGCAGGAUGCAGACCACAGGAGCUGCAGAGAAAGGCAAGAUCCCAGCCGCUUUUCCACAGCUGCCAAGGCAAGCCAGGAAAUCUUGCCUCGGAGAGGAAGAGUCCAUUUUCCAUGCUAAACCUGUCCGUGCAGGACGAAACAGAAGGAGCAACAGGAAUAUGCAGCACUGGCCUGAUCAAGAAGAAAGCAUCUAUAAAACCAGAGAUCCUGGGAAGGAGAUGCGAGGUGCCCGGGAAGUAAAAGAGGAUGAACACACAAGGGUGGACAUACCCAUUGAUCAGGCACGGACUACAGACAAAUCACAAAAGACUGUGGCGAGGAAAAGGGAUGCCAGUGACUCUGAGGAUGAAAAGCACCAAACGAUGUUGCCCUUGGCAGGAAAGAGCUCUGAAGAGUUCACAAAGGGAGUGUGAUGGGAGAAGAGGGACAGUUCGGUACAUGGCUAUCUGCACAGCUGCAGAAAACAAAAGCAUGUGAAUCCUAGAUUUCUCUAACACUAGACUGGCCAAGCUUUUUGA